AUGAAAAGAUUUUACUAUGAAUAUUAUUAGCAAAUAAACAAUAGAAAGAAAAAUUUAAAUAAUAAGAGUGAAUUAUUCAUUGGAAGAAGAGAAAAUGAAGGGUCAGCUAUACAUUCUAUGGAACAAAUAAAAUCUAGGAAGUUUUCUAUUUCAAGACCAAUAAGUUCAAUAAGUCUGAAGAGAAAUAGUACAUCAUAAAUUGACAGCAGCUUUAAUUUGAUAAGUUUAAAUGAAUUAGCAUUGAUUUAAUAAUAUAAAACAGUGAAUCUGUUGUCUAAUUAACUUAAACGAUCAUCAAGCAAUUAAUUUAGAAGGAGAGUUAUAAGUUCAGAUAAAAAUUUAUAGUUCCGUCAAUUUCCAAAUAAAUCAAUGAUUAUAACAAAUUUUACACUAGAAUGA